AUGAGUGACACUUCAAGUGACGGUGACAAUGAACUAAAUGGACGUAAUGUGUGCGCCCCAACGAAAAAACGGAAAAUCGAGAAAACUGUAAGUCUCUCCGAAGUUGAUAAGCUGGUUGCAGAAAAAGUGCAUCUUAAGCAAGAAGGUGGGACAAAAAAACCCGACAUUGUCUACUUAGAAGAUCCAAUCAGGCGGAUAGCAGCAGCACUUCAAGGAGCAGUGACCAAGGUAUCCGUUGUCCUCGUUGCGGGAAGAAUGGGCAGACGGAGCAGCUGUGUUGGUCCAGAGUUAAGCCGACAUGUUCGAGUUGCGGUAAAAUGGGACAUAAGGACCAGGACUGUUGGAAAAGAUCGAGUAUGCCGUCUACCUGCACCAUCUGCGGAAAAAGGGGACACCUAG